AUAUGUGUGUGUGUGUGUAUGUGAGUGAGUGUGUGUGUGAGCUGAGGGUGCGGCUCUAUCGUGCCACUAAAUAGCUACAACUGGACUCGGGCUCACCCUUCAUGACUCGUAUGGGUGUCUCUAGUAGGAGCAGUGUAUACCCCGGGACCCCUGCUGCUCCUCUACGUCUCCCUCACUUCCUAUCCCCUCUUGUCUGAUCCCCCCCCCCCUCUCUCUCUUUCUACUGCCCCCAAACUUGGACCUUUAAUCCUGCCCAUAGUAAAGGACUGUCCUUUGCUUCUCUCUCAUUAGGAUGUGUCCAGCCCCCUCCCAGGAUUAAGCAACGGCGGAGGCAUUGGAGGGAAACGAACUUGAGCCCAUUCCGUUUGGAACUUCUACAGCCCCUUUGUGAUUCUUUCCCCUCGCCUGGCCUUCCGUUUUGUUCUUCUCUGGCCAUCUUUCUGCGGAUAAUUCUGUACACUUCUGGGAUCAGCUACACCUUUGUGGAUUCUGAGCUGAGAAGAGAAAAAGCCUGUUGGAUGUAUAAUAAACUCAAUGCAGGAGGAAGUGGAACAAUACACUGAAUUAACCAGCAAACUCGAAUAAGGACUAUAUUUUGGCUGGAUGACCAAGUGUCAGAAAGAGGUUCUUGCUGGCAGGCUGUGAGUUGGAAAGAAGAACCCAGGAAGGACCUUGUCAUCGGAAUGUUGGCUUUGCAAGCUCAGGGAAGAAACAGCACGGAGGAAUCUACAACAGAGAGUGCCUAAAAAUGACAGCAAAAAGGAACCUGCUGGUGCGCUUGGUACCAUGCCGCUGUUUGCGGGGAGAAGAAGAAACUGUCACCUCACUUGACUACUCUCACUGCAGCUUGGAACAGGUGCCGAAGGAGAUUUUCACUUUUGAAAAAACCUUAGAGGAACUUUAUUUGGAUGCCAACCAGAUUGAAGAGCUUCCCAAGCAACUAUUCAACUGCCAGUCUCUGCAUAAGCUGAGUUUGCCAGACAAUGACCUAACAAUAUUGCCAGCAUCUAUAGCAAAUCUCAUUAAUCUCAGGGAACUAGAUGUCAGCAAGAAUGGUAUACAGGAGUUUCCAGAAAACAUAAAGAACUGUAAAGUAUUGACCAUCGUGGAGGCAAGCGUCAACCCUAUUUCAAAACUCCCAGAUGGAUUUUCCCAGCUGUUGAACCUUACUCAGUUAUACCUAAAUGACGCUUUCCUUGACUUCUUGCCAGCAAAUUUUGGCAGGUUAACAAAACUUCAGAUUUUGGAGCUUAGAGAAAACCAGCUAAAAAUGUUACCAAAAACUAUGAAUAGGCUUACACAGCUCGAGAGGCUGGAUCUGGGAAGUAAUGAAUUCACAGAAGUGCCUGAAGUACUUGAACAACUGAGUGGUCUGAAGGAAUUUUGGAUGGAUGGCAAUAAAUUGACAUAUAUUCCAGGGUUUCUUGGCAGUCUGAAACAUCUGACAUACCUGGACGUUUCAAAGAAUAAUAUAGAGAUGGUGGAGGAUGGAAUCUCUGGGUGUGAAAGUUUACAGGACCUCUUAUUGUCCAGUAAUGCAAUACAGCAGCUGCCAGAAUCUAUCGGAGCACUUAAGAAAUUAACUACACUGAAAGUGGAUGAAAACCAGUUAAUGUACUUACCAGACUCUAUUGGAGGUCUUACAGCCACCGAAGAUCUGGAUUGCAGUUUCAAUGAAAUUGAAGCCUUACCUUCCUCAAUUGGACACUUGACCCAAAUCCGGACUUUUGCUGCUGACCACAACUUCUUAACUCGGCUUCCUCCGGAGAUCGGAAACUGGAAGAGCGCUACGGUGUUAUUCCUUCAUUCCAACAAGCUAGAAUCUCUGCCUGAGGACAUGGGCGAUAUGCAAAAACUCAAGGUCGUUAAUCUAAGUGACAACAGACUGAAGAAUUUGCCCUUUAGCUUCACCAGGCUUCAGCAGCUCACUGCUAUGUGGCUGUCAGACAAUCAGUCUAAACCACUUAUACCACUCCAGAAAGAAACUGAUCAAGACACCCAAAAAGUUGUUCUUACGAACUAUAUGUUCCCUCAGCAACCAAGAACAGAGGAAGUUAUCUUCUCUUCAGACAAUGAAAGCUUUAACCUCUCUCUCUGGGAAGAGCAGCGGAAGCAACGGGCUCAGGUCGCCUUUGAGUGUGAUGAAAACAGAGAUGAUCGGGAAGCUCCAGCACGAGAAGGGAACUUGAAGAGAUACCCAACACCAUAUCCAGACGAGCUUAAGAACAUGGUGAAGACUGUUCAGACCAUUGUCCAUCGCAAAAAAGAUGAGGAAAAAGCAGAAGAAGCCAAUAAAGACACAAAGCAAAGAGAUGGUGAUCUCAUUACACUGCAGGAUGUUGGUGUCAAGACCUCAGAGGCAAUCUUGGUUGAAAUUGAUACAGAGGAUAAGGAGAAAAGCAUGCCAGUAAACUGUAUAAAGAGACCCAAUGAACCGAGCACAGAAAAUGCCAUUGGAAAUUCACAGUCCACUACACUUGUGAAAAAUUUUUGGAACGCGAAAACAGUCAACCAUGAAGACACACUUGAGGGAUCAGAAGACUUGUCUUACGAUGAUGAAAUGAAGAUGGCUGAAAUGAGGCCACCUCUAAUAGAGACCUCCAUGAAUCACCCAAAAGUAGUAGCACUAAGCAAUAACAAAAAAGAUGAUAUCAAAGAUACAGACUCCUUGUCUGAUGAAGUGACCCGCAACAGUAAUCAGAACAACAGUAAUUGCUCCUCACCAUCUCGGAUGUCAGACUCUGUCUCACUAAACACUGACAGCAGCCAUGAUACUUCAUUAUGUUCCCCAGAGAAAGAAUCCAGCGUUGGGGCAAAUUUGAAGAUAAGACAAGAAGAUGAAAACUUUAAUAACCUUAUGCAAAAUGGAGACCAGUUGAUGCCUGCUGAUGAAAGGGAAAUUGCUGAACUACCAGAUUUAAGCAACGAUGUUGAACUAGUUCUGAGAGAGAGACGAGUAAGUAACUCCAUGGAAAAGCUACAUAACCUAAAUCAAAUAAACAAAAACAACAACAAUCUUGCCUGUGAAGAUCAAAUACAUUCUAACUCUGUGGAAAACGCAGUCAUUUCUCAAGACAGGGUCUCGGAUAAAAGUUUUGCCAAUUACAGCGAAAAAGAAGAAACAGACAAUAUAGAAAAUGGGAAUAAGUUCUCUGAAGUCUGCGUCAUAAAUAGAGUAAAUGGCCAUUUGCCUGAAGCGCUAGUGUCCCCAGAUAGCAGUGAGCCUGUACGGAGUGCUUCAGAGGAUUCAGUGCCUUCUGUUGAUAUGUGCAUUUCAAAAAGCACGGAUGACCUGUCAUUUGGGGACAGUGUGGGCUCAGUAGUGAAGUCUCAAAGCAUCACAAACAUGGAGACUGGAGCACUAAGGAUCUACAGUGUUCUAAGUGAAAACAGUGCCCCCCAAUUUGCUACAAUGAUGUCAUCUGCCAAUGCUGAAGGGCAAAACAUUGUCAGAAGUAAGUCGGCUACACUUCUUUGUGAUCAGCCCUUACAAGUGUUCACCGGAUCGUCAUCUUCCUCUGAUUUAGCAUCAUCCUCAUCCAUGAAGAAAAUGCUGUUUAAAUUUGAUUCCAACCAUAAUCCAGAGGGGUCAUACACAGUGGCAGGACCCCAAGGAUCGCAAAUGUCUGCUGUGCCUCAAUACAAUGUACAGUAUAGCACCAGUGCUACAGCCAAAGAUAACCUGUGGUCACAGAAACAAAGUGCCCCUGUUGAACAAGGAAGUUUGCUGCCUUCUUCACGCUUCCAUCCGUCGGAUAGCAUAGAUAGCCCCAACUAUGUCAAACACCCUGCUAACUUAAAUUUUUCCAAUCACAACAAUGUUAGAUCAAGUAACCAGUAUAAUGUGCAUCAAAGAAUGGGGUCUAGGCAUGCGGAAGCAUGGACCUCGGCACCGAACGAUCGACUUCUUCAAAUAGCACCCCGAAGUACACUUCAAAGACAAGGCAGCGUUUCUUCUAAUGCAUCAGUAUCUCUUGGGGAGGCAGGACCUGCAAGAAGGGUGCUUGUGCCAGAGGGAGAUUAUAUGACUUACAGAGAGCUACAUUCAGUGAGCAGAGGAAAUCACAUGAUGCCUGGUCCACAGAGACCAACGUCUGCCAGGACAUACAGUAUUGAUGGGCCAAAUGUGCCCAGGCCGCAGAGUGCACGGCCGUCCGUUAAUGACAUUCCCGAGAGAACGAUGUCUGUCAGUGAUUUUAAUUACUCCCGGACUAGCCCCAAUAAAAAGCAACAUGCCAGGGUGAACUCCGAGCACUCGUUGUUAGACACUCAAGGAAGAAGUAAAGUUCCUCAUGACUGGAGGGACCAGGUCUUACGGCAUAUUGAGGCAAAAAAGCUAGAGAAGUAUCCUCAGCCAGGCAGCAUUGGGGAGCCUAUGCAAGAUGAUGUAUUUGUAAUCGGACAGCAGAGCUAUCCCACCAUCGCCCGAAAGGAAAGCACAGCAGACAGUGUAAAAAAGAUGCACAUGAGUAAUGGACAGUUGUGCCAAGCGCCAAGGCCUCAAGCAAACUAUAACCAACUCCAUCACCACCCAGCCCAGCCAACAGUAGGAAGACACCCCUCCAGGGAACAGCUUCUUGACUAUUAUACGCUUAAAGUUGCCCAGCAGCCUCCAUAUUCUCAGACACCGUGUCCUCCAAAGCAAAUCAAUGAGCUUUCUUCUCAAGAGAUUCGCAUAAAACUUAUGAAAGAUCCUGAGCUUGGAUUCAGUAUAUCGGGUGGAGUUGGAGGCAGAGGGAAUCCUUUUCGCCCAGGAGAUGAUGGUAUAUUUGUAACAAGAGUUCAGCCUGAGGGUCCAGCAGCCAAGCUUUUGCAGCCCGGGGAUAAAAUAUUACAGGCAAAUGGCUUCAGCUUCAUUAAUAUUGAUCAUGCCCAGGCUGUCUCGUUACUGAAGAAAUUCCAGAAUGCGGUGGAGCUGAUUGUUUUACGGCAGGGCUCUGUAUAGAAGAGGAAAGGAAAACGAAGUGGUGUAACCCCAGCAAAAGCCAGCAUGUCUUUCAACAAAUCAAUUCGCAUAAAGAUCUUAUUUUUCUAUGUAUAUAAGUCGAACCAACUUGAACACAAAACCAUGGAUUUUGAUAUUGUAAAGAACUAAGUAGCAAAUGUGUGGUUUAAGGGAACAAACCACUGUAGAUAAAAACAAUGUAAAAUGUCUCGGUUCCCAACAUGGCCGUUUGGGUGUUGAAUGUGCGAUCAUUUUUGCCUACAAGAACAAACCUGUGUUGUUUUUGUACUGAAUGUAGGUUUAUUUUUUGAUAAUUCAUAUGCUUAUUACCGAACGCUGUCAAAUAAUAAUGAGCCUCAAGUGUAGGACUUUCCUGACGCUACUUCCAUCUUUCAUCUACGCCUGAUAUUACUGUUUUAAUCCCAAACAAGAUGUGGACGUGAAACGGCAAAAAAACGUGUUCGAUUGAGCGGGUGAUUGAAAAGGAAAGUAGCUUUCAAGGUUGGCCAGGUUAUUGCAGGAGAUACAACCACUUCUUACUAUGAACCCAUCAAUGAGUAUAUUUAGAGCACCCAAAUUAACACAAUGAAUUGUUCUUUUUUUUUUUUUUUUUAACAGUAGUGUUUGAUCUUUUUUUAUUAUUUCUGAUUUUAUUUUCCAGGUAUAUUUUUUAUAGUAAGAAUGUUUUGCGGCUGAUUUUAAUGUGCUUGUAUCUGUUUUAUUCAUGCCGACGUAAUGAGUUUCGGGCUUGGCUGAUCUUGGCUGGCCUUUAUCACUGUAAUUUUCUUGUGGCCCACAGGGCGUUGAAGGAACAUGGCACUUUAAGUCUGGUAAUAUUAUUAUACUUGUUCUAAAAACCACAUGCAUUUGUACAUAGUGCCUGGAUAUGUCGGUGAAAACGUUUUAACCUUCUUAUCACAAGUCAUUGAGUUCAACUGAGAUUACGCUGGGCUUCAGUUCCUUGAAUCAGUUGCGUUUGGAGGAAGAUAGAUGCACCAGGCUGAUACGGUUUGUUUUUAAUAAGUAGUAUUUUAAGUUUCAUGGGAAUUAUACCACAUGUAGCAGAACAGCCUCUUGCCGGGGAUUGACUUUGCUUGGAGCUAGGCAACCAAAGUAUGUUUGUGAAAAUGCAGCUAAGUUAGAAUAGAGCAGUGGUUCCCAAACUGUGGAGCUGGCCUUCCUGGGAUGACUGAGGCCAAGUAGGGAGAGUUUUGGGGCAAAUGCUUACCGUAUAUACUCGAGUAUAAGCCGAGUUUUUCAGCCCCCAAAAUAUGCUGAAAAACUCUACCUCGGCUUAUACUCGGGUCAAGCGCAAAAACGGUCGCCGGCGCCUAAGAAUAAUCACCGGCGUCCAAGAAUAGUCUCCAAGAAUAUUCGCCGGCGUCCAAGAAUGGUCGCCGGCAUCCAAAAACGAGACGCCGGCACCUUCAAUGGGAGCAGAAACCCUCAAGUUUUUGUUGGAAAUUACCAGAAGCUGCUUCAUUUCUCACCCUAGGCUUAUACUCGAAUCAAUAAGCUUUCCCAGUUUUUGGAGGUAAAAUUAGGUACCUCGGCUUAUUCUCGGGACGGCUUAUACUGGAGUAUAUAUGGUAUUUGCUUUUAUACUGUAGGUACUUCUGAAAGCCCUGCUUGAAGGUCUGCUACUUUGAUCUUUGGGGUGAAAACAUGCUGCCCGAGAAAUUCUUGGAAGUAUGAAUGAGACCGAUAUCUGUAAAAUUGUUAUGAGCUAAAGGGGGGCUGGCCAGAGGUGGGACUUCUAGCGUUGGGGUUAAACCAAUAAAGAGGGAGAUCUUCAGUGCUAAGCAGGUUCUGUGCAUGAUCAUGGUUGUAGUGAAAGAGCUCUUCUACUGGUAACACUGUAAUGUGAACUAGGCUUUAUAGAGUGAUUAAAGGGUUUUUAACUAUACUGAUGAUUAACCACAUGCUGCCUUUGUUACUCAAUAGUGUAAAUAUAUUUUUGGAAAUUGUUUCACGGUGAUUUUUUUUUUUUUCUUUUCUUGUGCUUCGGCUCUUGUACAUUUAAUUGCAUUGCUUAAUAAAACGAGGUUGCUAACGACCAGGGACAAGUGCCAUAGACGACCAACAGCUGUUUGCUUUAGGGCUAUUUCAUUUUUACACCAAUAUUACUGCAGUUCAUUUUCUUUUUUCUUUACUGGGGGAUGUUUGCUUUCAUUUUCUACCAGCACUGACGACAGGGUGAGAUUAUUCGGAUCCAACAAAGGAAAAUACAUGCACCAUGAAGCCGUUGCAAUAGUCGCCCAUGAUAUUGCACUUUUUGUUAAAUCCAGAAUACUUUUAUUAGGUUCCUCACGAAAACAUUUUAACUGAAACCCUUUAACGACUCCUUGUGUAUUUUAACUUGUUUUAGCGGAAUUUGGAUUAUAUUGACAUAGGAAUUUAAUACUUUGGAAUAUAAAUAUAUAUACACAAAAA